GCUGACAAGCCGCAGAUGCAGUCAGAGCUGAUGCUCGAAUUCAGUGCACAAAGCGAGUCUUUCAGAAUCGGACGGGACAUGCAUCUACAUCUGUGCCCAUGUCUCCUACUGGUGCUCCUCAGUCCAGCAACGGGGGAGGCCCUCUCCAUAAACUACGCCACCGGAUACGUUAACCUAAGCGCCACCUGCCCGGAUUCCUACUGCAGCCUCGAGAAUCUGUCCGUGGCCUUCUCGGCCGAUCGGGCUGUAAAGCUGAAGGAGCUGCACCUGAGCUACUGCAGCCGAUACUCGGUGCCCUUUCAGAUGCUGAAUCUCACUCCCAACCUGAGCAGCCUGGUCAUCCGCAACUGCAGCAUCUACUACAUCAGUAAGGAGAUCCUGAAACCGGUGGGCAAUCUCAGUGCCCUGCAGAUGCAGCGCACCAAUCUGUGGGUGCUGCGCGACGAGCAGUUCGGCGCGGUUCCCCGCCUGGAGAUACUGGAGCUGGGCCACAACACCAUUCACACGGUGCAUGUGAGGGCCUUCAAGGGACUCGCACGCCUGCGGCUGCUCGGGCUGCAGGCCAAUGGGAUCGGACAGCUAUUGGAGGGUACCUUCGAUCCGCUCGUGGAGCUGCUGCACCUGGACCUCAGUGGGAAUGAGAUCGAGACCCUGCCGGGCACCAUCUUUGGCCAGAACUCGAAGCUGCGGACGCUGAUGCUCAAUGGUAAUCGGCUGACUGUGCUUACACCCCAGACUCUGGGGCACCUCGCCGACCUGCGACUGCUCGAUCUGAGCCACUGCGGACAGUUGUCGGAGCUGCAUCUGCAUAGUGCCCACACGGUGUUCUUGGAGGCGAGCGGAGUGACCAGUCUUGUCAUUGAAGGCAGCGUUAUCAGACUCUUGGCGGACAACAACGAGCUGACGCAUCUCAGCAUUGGCGAUAAGAGCUCCGUCCUCCAUCUGAACCUACAUGGCAAUCUUCUGGAUGGCAACGAUACCGACACUCUGCUUCGGGGCAUGUGGAAUCUGGAUAGCCUGGAUCUGUCGAAGAACCUCAUCGAGGCCCUGCCCCAGCCCGGCGGCACUGAAGACGCCAACGAGCUCUUUCUCCUGCCCAGUCUCCGGUACCUGAAUCUGGCCUACAAUCGGGUGGGCCGUCUGCCCGUGGCCUCGCCGCUGCUCUCCCCUCGGCUGAACCACCUGGACCUGUCCCACAAUCACAUGCUGGCCGUGCAAGUCGAGAGCUUCGCGGGACUGCUGAAUCUGGAGAGCUUGUACCUCGAGGGCAACCGGCUGAACGAUUUGGACUACGAGCUCCUACACAGACAGCACGAAGGACUCAAGGAGCUGGGUCUCAACGACAACGAGUGGGGCGCGAUCUUCUUCCGCAAAAUGGCCACCUACAUGACCGAUCGGGGUGUAUAUCUGCCGCCGAGAGGACAGCACACUACUCCGUUCAACAACACCCAGCUCGACGGCGACUGGCCCACGGUCACGGGCCAGGUCCUCGCCCAAAACCGGGACCAGGCUGGAGUGGCAGGUAUUCAUCCGUAUUGGACGCUCCGCGAUAUCUUGGCCAUGGUCACCCUGGUGGUGGUGAUGCUCAUUCUCCUGCUGCAUCUCUACCGCAUCCUGGAGGAGGAGGGCUGCUUCAGGCGAUACCGAAGGUGGCGCAGGCCCGAACGUACCGCCAGCGGCGUGGGGCGCCUUAACGAGCAGGACUCUGAACAAAGCUCGAGUGAAUAGUUGGCGAGGAUCUGAGCUGUGCAGCAUGCCACAUGUUGCCUUGCCGCUGUUUCUGUCCUGUUCCUCUGGCCAAAUAAACGUCAAUUUGAUGUCAAUUUA